GAUGGCGGAGAUGAUUCACAGGGUGACGUUCAUAAUUUCUGUUAUUUUACUGGGAUUUUCUGUUGCAGCUCCCACACCGUAUACCAAAACAUUUCUGAAGAAUUACUUGGAUCAGAACUGCUCGUUUCCACCUUUUAGGGAAGUAACCAAAAUGGAUUUGUCUUUUUCAAACUUUUCAUGUGAAAAGGACGAUCCGAAUUCCUGGUGCAAUUUGUUGCAAUCGGCACAGAACGCGACUUGUCACAUGAAAAUGGAUUCUAACAAAUACGAUGAAAUAACGAAGUUGUUUACGGAAGAAGAUUUUUGUCGUCGCUUUAAAGUCGGCGAAAAUAUGAACUGCAGCUCAUGGUGUCAAGGGAAACUGCCGAUAUGCAAAGCUUUAUAUCUUUAUUAUACUGUCAUUUCAUCUGGAUCCGGAAUAGAAACACCAGGAGGAUCUGUUGAGAGUACCAAGAAACCAACUGGUGGAGAAACCGUAACAACAGGUCAGGGAAAUGUGGAUGAAACUCAUAAGACUGAGUCUGUGAAAGAUACUCACACAAAACUGGAUAAUCAUGGAACUGCUGGAGCAGACACAAAUACUACCGGGAAAACUGGAACUGGUACUUAUGAUAGUGGGAACACCAAAACAACAGGGAAUACUACCACAAAAACUGGAACUGUUACUAAUGUUAGUGGAAAUACCGAAACAACAGGGAAUACUACCGCAAAAACUGGAACUAGUAAUAUUGUUAUUGGGGAUAUCAAGACAGCAGGGAAUACUACCACAAAAACUGUAACUGGUACUAAUGUUGGUGGGAGUACCGAAACACCAGGGAAUACUACCACAAAAACUGUAACUGGUACUGAUGUUGGUGGGAGUACCGAAACACCAGGGAAUACCGGGGUUAACUCUACAACUAAAAAAAUUGACGAGAAAGCUGAAAGUGUCACAAGAUCAAACACUGAUAGAACUAAUGGAACAGACACUGAAAUUGGUGGAGACCAUGGCUUGUUUAUGAAUACUGACGGAAAGGCCGGAACAGUUGCGACUGGAAUAGCUGCAGAUACUGGUGAGAAGGUUGAAACAGGGAAAAAUACUGGAGGAAACCAUGGAACUGUUGCACCUGUUGCAGGUGGAAUGGUUGUGAAUACUAAUGGGACGACUGGAACAAGGACAAGUGUUGGUGGGAGUGCUGAACCAGUUGUAGCUGAAACAGGUGGGAAUACUGGUGGAAACUCUGAAAUAGUUGUAAAUGGAACGGAAAAAACUGGAGAAAAACCCAAAGCAGCUUUGAAGAUUGAUGGGAAAACAGAAACAGCUGUGGAUACUAAAGGGAAUGCUGAAACAGCUUCAAAUACUGGUGGGAAUGCUGAAACAGCUUCAAAUACUGGUGGGAAUGCUGAAACAGCUUCAAAUACUGGUGGGAAUGCUGAAACAGCUUCAAAUACUGGUGGGAAUGCUGGAACACUUUCAAAUACUGCUGGGAAUGCAGGAACACUUUUAAAUACUGAAGGGAAUGCUGGUUCAAAUACUGGUGGGAAUGCUGAAACAGCUGGUUCAAAUACUGGUGGGAAUACUGGAACACUUUCAAAUACUGAAGGGAAUGCUGGUUCAAAUACUGGUGGGAAUGCUGAAACAGCUGGUUCAAAUACUGGUGGGAAUGCUGGAACACUUUCAAAUACUGGUGGGAAUGCUGAAACACUUUCAAAUACUGAAGGGAAUGUUGGUUCAAAUACUGGUGGGAAUGCUGAAACAGCUGGUUCAAAUACUGGUGGGAAUGCUGGAACACUUUCAAAUACUGGUGGGAAUGCUGGAACACUUUCAAAUACUGGUGGGAAUGCAGGAACACUUUUAAAUACUGAAGGGAAUGCUGGUUCAAAUACUGGUGGGAAUGCUGAAACAGCUGGUUCAAAUACUGGUGGGAAUACUGGAACACUUUUAAAUACUGAAGGGAAUGCUGGUUCAAAUACUGGUGGGAAUGCUGAAACAGCUGGUUCAAAUACUGGUGGGAAUGCUGGAACACUUUCAAAUACUGGUGGGAAUGCUGGAACACUUUCAAAUACUGGUGGGAAUGCAGGAACACUUUUAAAUACUGAAGGGAAUGCUGGUUCAAAUACUGGUGGGAAUGCUGAAACAGCUGGUUCAAAUACUGGUGGGAAUACUGGAACACUUUUAAAUACGGAAGGGAAUGCUGGUUCAAAUACUGGUGGGAAUGCUGAAACAGCUGGUUCAAAUACUGGUGGGAAUGCUGGAACACUUUCAAAUACUGGUGGGAAUGCUGGAACACUUUCAAAUACUGGUGGGAAUGCUGGAACAAAUUCAAAUAUUGGAUGGAAUGCUGCAACAAAUACUGACAACCAAGCCUCUAGUAACGAGAAUUCGGUGAACAGAUUGCCGGUCGUAAACACUGAAGAGGUGGAUGAUGAAGACGAACCUUCGUCUGGCCAUUUUGUAGCCUACUUCCUUACUGCAGUCGUUUUGUAUGUGGCAGGAUAUGUACUCUUCCACAACAAACAGAAGAUUGUGGCGUUCAUUGUUGAAGGCAGAGGCGGGCGGCGACAAAGACGACCGAAAACAAGUGACUACAAAAAACUACAGCCCAGUGUUGAGGAAGUGAUGCCCUCUCUGGAGAAGUCCACAACAGGAAGCAAAUACAUUUACUGAAUAUCUCUCAAUAGGUUAGGGGUAGAGUAAAUAUAUUUACUGAAUAUCUCUCAAUAGGUUAGGGGCAGAGUAAAUACAUUUACUGAAUAUCUCUCGAUAGGUUUGGGCCAGAGUAAAUACAUUUACUGAAUAUCUCUCAAUAGGUUAGGGGUAGAGUAAAUACAUUUACUGAAUAUCUCUCAAUAGGUUAGGGGCAGAGUAAAUACAUUUACUGAAUAUCUCUCGAUAGGUUAGGGGCAGAGUAAAUACAUUUACUGAAUAUCUCUCAAUAGGUUAGGGCCAGAGAGAAUACAUUUACUGAAUAUCUCUCGAUAACUUUGGGGCAGGUCUGGUUCGAUUCACAAGGAUUAAAUACAUUUACUGAAUGUCUCUCAAUAGGUUAGGGGUAGAGUAAAUACAUUUACUGAAUAUCUCUCAAUAGGUUAGGGGCAGAGUAAAUACAUUUACUGAAUAUCUCUCAAUAGAUUGGGGGUAGAGUAAAUACAUUUACCGAAUAUCUCUCAAUAGGUUAUUAGGGGUGGGGUUGAGUCACAACAAGGAUUAAAUACAUUUACUGAAUGUGUUUGGGGUGUGGUCGGGUCAUGAGAAGAAUUAGAUACAUACAUGUAUACUGAAUGUCUCAAUAAGUUUGGGGCAGGGUUGGGUCAUGAGAAGGAUUGAAUACUUCUACUGAAUAUCUGUCUGUAAUACACAUAUCUACAUUAACAUUCACGGGGUCUUGUAUUGGGAAUGCAACUCACCAAAGAGUUAUUAGGAAACAUGAGGGGGGAUAGGGGAGGUCAGUGUGUCUGUGGGUUAAGGAUUGGUCUUUGUGUGAUAGGGGUGGGGGAUAGGGGAGGUCAGCGUGUCUGUGGGUUAAGGAUUGGUCUUUGUGUGAUAGCGGUGGGGGAUAGGGGAGGUCAGCGUGUCUGUGGGUUAAGGAUUGGUCUUUGUGUGAUAUGGGUGGGGGAUUGGGGAGCUCACUGGGUAUGUAAAAAGGUGGAAGAUUUUAGGUAUACGAAAUGUGUCGAGGGUUAAGGGUAUAGAGGGGAUUGUGAUGGGGGAGGGGAGGUAACGGACUGCAAAAUAUUGUAUUGAAUGUAACCAGGGUGAUUGUCUCCUCAGGACAGUGAACAAAGAAAUCUUCUUACCUUGGGUAGGUAAAAAUGGAGAGAUACAUGUCCCUGAUCGAGACUUGGCAAACACAUCUACCAUACUCCUCAUAUGGUUCUUUAGAUGUAGUUUACAUGUGUUGGGGUGUAAAUUGAUGAUCAAUUUGAAUAUACCAUUAUUUCAAAUCUUAUGUUUCAACCAAAAGGUCCAUGUCUGUUUGUUAUGCUGUCAAUUUUCCUUAUGAAUGGUAAGGUUUUUAAUUUAUUGUGUGCUAUAUGUGUCUGCACGUUCCUCAAAGGAAGACAUAUCUUCUAAAGACUCCUGGUAAUUUUUCCACAAUACCAACCUAUGUAUAAUAUGCUGAGGGAUCAGAUCUCAUUUUCUCCAUUUUAAAUGUAUCCCUGUAAAAUGUUGAUACUCUGUAUCUGACAAGCAGUGGUAUUGCUUGUCCAAAGUAUAAAAGAUUUUACAUUCCGUAAUUACAUUGUGUUCAGGCUGCAGCUGAGAUUUCAUCAAUAUGACAUUCAUCUAUCUAUUUAUAGAAAGAGAAUUUGAUGUGUUCACUCAUUGAAAGAUAACACCUUUGUAUUAUAUUAGGGGUCAACAUUCUACUUUCUAAAUAGAUUAAUCAAACUCAUCAUCUCGAGUAAAUAUGAUAAUUUUGGCAUGUUCUUGAGGGAACUAUAGAUGUUAUGUGUAUUUGUAUGGUAGUACGAAUAAGAUCAGGAUCAGUAUUGAUAUUGGAAGGGAUAUCAAUGUGUGAAGUGUUUUGAUAUGCUAUCCUUGUCAAGUGUUACCGAGUGGGUGCCGAGUGGAAAGUUUGUAAGAGUAUAUGACAGGACCCGCACUAGUUUUUCAAGGAUGAGAAACUUUCACACUAAUUUUUUACAGAUUUUGGGGAAUAUCUUUCAUAAAAUUCUCUCAUGAUUACAUGUGUUUGUCAACGAAUAUUUGUAUCAAAUACAUGGUACUCGAUAUUCAUAAUAGAUAUAUCUGUGAUAUGAUUCCAUACAUCCUUGUUCGUUUUACUGGUAAUGUGAGAAGAAUUCCAUUAAACCUAUAUAUAUCUGUCUCUUUCUGCUCUAUUGGACUUAAAACUUAAAAGCAAAUCCUUCAAAUAAAUGCUUUCUAAACUUUCUUUGUAUCAUUGUAUCUUGAUCCACAUCCAGGAGGCCCUUAUACAUGUAAAUUUCAAGCUGCAUUUAUUUACAGAAUGUACCUAUAAUUUUGUAUGUGCAUACAGGUAAUUUUCAAGUCUGAAUUACUGUGUUAUAAGAUGUUCAGUUAGAGGCCACUAGGUCACUGUCAUUGCAGCUUUUGUGAUUAGCUAAGCUAGAUUACAUUAGAGUAGUGUCAGUGACAAUGUAUUGUGCAGCCUCUUGUUGUGUUUGUACAAUAUUGAACUUUUGGUACUUAAAUAUUCCAUUACUACAUAUCAUCAUCUGUAAAAAAGUAUUAUGAUAUUCAAUUUGCAAUUUGUGUGGUUGUUUCAAUUAAUCAACAUCCCUCAGACCCUGUGUGAUGUUUUAUAUACUUUUAGUGAAGUAUUUUUUUCUACAUGGGGUCGUGGUGGCCGAGUGGUUAAGGUUUCCAGACACUUCAUCACUAGCCCUCCACCUGAGUUGCGAUUUCGAAACCUACGUGGAGCAGUUGCCAGGUACUGACCGUAGGCCGGUGGUUUUUCUCCUGGUACUCCGGCUUUCCUCCACCUCCAAACCUGGCUCGUCCUUAAAUGACCCUGGUUGUUAAUAGGACGUUAAACAAAAUAAACCAAACCAAAUUCUACAUGUAUGAUUGUGUGAAGGAGGGUAAAGGGAGAUAACUUCAACAAAAUAUUGACAUUUUCAUUUUUCUCAAGGAAAAAAAAAAAUCUAUAACCAGGGAGUAGAUAAUACAGGGACAGUAGAUUAGGAUUAUUAAAAAGAAUACAUUUUUAAGACAGAUUUGGUUAUAAAAAUGUGAAAACAAGGAUUAGCAUGUAAGCAUGUUAUUAUAGGAAGAGGUAGGAUGAAAUUUCUUGAAAAAUACUUGCUGGAAUAAUGGUUCUGUAUUGAAACAUGGGGACAAUAAUUAGGAUAUGAUUUUCUAAUGAACUGGAAAAUAAUGUAAAAUAUACUGAGAAAAUCUGUAGGUAUGACCAUAGGUGUCUUGAUCUGGUAAGUAUGUAUAAAAAACAAAAAUUAGCACCUCCUCCUACCACAUAUAUAUUCAUAUUUUAGGAGUAGGAGCUAGUAUUUCUUUUUUAAAAUACUAACCAGAUGCAGAUGCCUGUGGAAUUAUUGAAAGUGGAAAAGUUGAAUGAUAUGACAGGGAUAAAAAGAGGAUUUACUCAUAGAGAGGAUAAAAAGGAAAGAGUAAGAUAUACAGUUAAUCCUGUUGUAAGGGACACCUCUACAUACAGGACACUUGUCUAUAAAGGACAGACUCAUCAGACCCACUCCUCCAAAUUUACUAUAUAGUUAACCUCUGUAAAAAGGACACCUGUCUAUAAAGGACAGACUCGUAAGACACGCUCCUUCCAAUUUACUAUAUAAUUAACCUCUGUAAAAGGACACCUGUCUAUACAGGACAUACUCAUCAGACCCACUCCUCCCAAUUUACUAUAUAGUUAAUCUCUGUAUAAAGGACACCUGUCUAUAAAGGACAGACUCGUAAGACCGCUCCUUCCAAUUUACUAUAUAAUUAACCUCUGUAUAAAGGACACCUGUCUAUACAGGACAGACUCAUCAGACCCACUCCUCCCAAUUUACUAUAUAGUUAACCUCUGUAAAAAGGACAUCUGUCGAUGAAGGACAGACUCAUCAGACCCACUCUUUCCAAUUUACUAUAUAAUUAACCUCAGUAUAAAGGACACCUGUCUAUAAAGGACAGACUCAUCAGACCAACUCCUUCCAAUUUACUAUAUAAUUAACCUCUGUAAAAGGACACCUGUCUAUAAAGGAGGAACUCAUAAGACCCACUCUUUCCAAUUUACUAUAUAAUUAACCUCUGUAUAAAGGACACUUGUCUAUAAAGGACACUUGUCUAUAAAGGACACUUGUCUAUAGGACACUUUUGAUCUGUCAUUUUGGUGUCCUCUAUUGACAGGUUUGACUGUAUUUGUUAGUAAAAUAAUCGGAAUAUAGUAAAACUUAAGAUUUCAGAAAGAAACAUGUUAAUUUCAAAUCAGCCUAUAAUCACCUCACGAUCACAAAGAUCAAGAAAUCAAGUCUCUAAAUGCAUGUAACAGUACAGUACCUUGUCAAAUUCUUUGACCUAAAUAUAGGUUUAAGUUACUGUGGGCCUGUGUGUGUGUACGCUGAGAAAAAGUCUAGUUUCUAGGAAAGGGUACAGUACUUAUUCUUAAGUUAAACAAUAACCAACAUAUUUAUAACAAAAAACUCUUUGUGCCUUAUGAAAAGUUUAUUUUAUAGCUUCAGUUUCUCAAAUGUUCCUAAACUGCAAGAAAUUUUAGUUGAUUUUUCAUGGUAAAAUUUUUUAAGUAAAUUUUACUUCCAACUCCAAACCUGUAAUUCCUCGUAUUGGAUAAAUUAUGAAUAGGAAUUUCUUCAGCUUGGGAAUGUUUAUGAAACCGAGUUCUCUAGUUUUCGAGGUCUUUUUUACUUAAGUCCUCACCUGUUAUACAAUACAAUACUGACAUUGUUGUCCUGAACUUGCCAAUUGUCUCUAGAACUACACAUUUUAUGAGAUUAUAUUUAACUUUGUCUUUGUAGAAUAUAUUUGAAGACUUAUUUUGAUUAAAGUUUGAGCUGUACAUAGUUUUGUGAUGUUAGGCAUAGGUUUUUAAGGUAUAGAGGUUAAUUAACAUUUGUUAAACAUAGAACAAAUGAAAGAAAUCAUCAAAGUAAAGUUGAUCCCUUCUUUAUUCUUUUAUGCAGGAAGUUUCACUAGAUCUAUAUUCUUUUUGCGCAAGCUUUUUGAUGUUAAUAAUUCUGAAUAUGAGUAGAAACAGUGAUAGCUUUUCCUGUUUAUGUUUAUUGAGGUCAAAGCGUCAUUGAUUAUCAAAAUAAAAAAAUUCUCCUGCAAAAUGGAAAAAAAUAUCUCCAGAAACCCUAGAAUGAUAUUAAAACAUUUCUUCAUUGUAUAUAUAACACAAAAGCAUUUUUUUUUUUUUUUUGGUAGAAAAGUGAAAAAAUAAAUGUAGGGAAAGCAUUACUUGUAUUUUAGGAGGAAGAUGAUUAUUUUUGAGAUACCAAGGAAAACCCUUAUAUCAUAAAUUUCACAAUCUAGAUGAUGGGUAGCAUUGCUUUGUAUUGUUAAAAAAUCUGUUUACCAGUACAUAUUUACCGGUAAAAUAUAUUGAGGGAUAAAUACAAUUGCGUUACUUUUUGUUUUAUAAGUAUGAGUAUGAAGAUACUUUGUGCCGAGGGUGUAGAUACGAUUGUAUAUCUAGCAUUGUGUCGCAAUUUCAUUGCGGGUCUAUAUGAGGGAUAUCAUCUAUGCAUCAGCUUCAUCAUCAAACACAUAAAUGGAAUACAGGAAAUCUUUAAACAUUUCUGUACCAAAUUCAGCCUCCAUAUCAUCAGUCAUUAGUGUUAGCAUCUCCAACAAAUGGAAAAUCAUCUCUUUUCUCAGCUUUCAUCCUUAAUGUACAGCAGAUAGCGUAUAGAUUAUUAGCGUUCAUUAAUUGUCAUUCAUUUCAUUAUUGCAUUAUAAUGACCAUUGUCCUUUUUGGGGUGACAAUCCGUUGUAACCAGGGGGAAACAUGGAUUAUGAUAUGUACCUGUGCUACUGUUAGAUGUUUAUAACCAUAGUGAUGCAUAAUUUAUAUCUUUUUUUUUUCUUUGAUAAAUAAUUGGUUGAAAACUACUUAGUUUUUAGAUGUUUUACUCAGUAGCUAUAUUAGUAUUUUAAGCAAUCUAAAUUUCUUAAGGAUGCAUGUGAUAUAUUCCAUAUAAGAGAAAAUUUAUGUAGAUGGAUAAAACAGAAUUCAUUUAAGAUCAAGUAAUGUUCUGGGAAAUAAUAUUGCUGAUGCAAGAAGUUUAGCAAUUUUCAAACUCAUGAUUAAAGAAAAAAAUGCAACCAAAUUGAGGGGACACAGGGACUUGGCACAUAUUCACAACAAAGUGUCCGUAUAUUUAUUACAUAUAUAAUACAUGUGUAUAUGGACAUUUGUCUUGGGAAUUUUGUCCCUGUGAACUAAAUUGUUGAAAAGCUUUGUAAUUGGUCUUUAAAAGGUUUUUAACUCCAAACAACCAAUCAGAUUUGGUUUCUGUUUGAUUUGAGACUGGUAAAGAAUAUGUAUCAUUUUUCAAGGUACUUGCAGUUGUGGAGUAGCAAAACUAUAGUCAUUUUCAUUUAUCAAUCUCACUCACAAAAUAGAGACAACCACUUGUGUUGCUAUGACAACCGAAGGUUAAGGUCACAUACUUUGACCCUGUUAAAGUGUGAAGGUCGUUUGAAGUGCCAUGAUUAUACUUUAUUAUUAUCAAUCUCACUGUAUCAUUCCGUUGUGUGUGUUUUGUUUAUUGUUGAAUCUAUAAGAAUAGUUUGUUAUUUUAUUCCACUAGUGAUAAUAUCUUGAUGUUCAUUUAAACAAUGACAGUGAUAAAGAUGUGUUUGGUUCAGUGUGUAUAUAUACCAGUAUCAUACUUUGGACUACUUUUUUGUGUUAUUUAUUUUGUAAACUUGCAAUGCUGGGUCUACAGAUGUCAUAAAAAGUUCAUAAUAUUUUUAUGAUGUGGUAUCUGCUCACAAUGUUAGUUUAUUUCCCUUCAACCAAUUUCAUGCACAGACUAAAAAGUCAAGUCAUGCGAUACCAACGUCGAUCUGAGACGAGUUUCAGAAAUACUCAUAUACAUGCAAGUGUUGGUUUAUCAGAACAAGUUCACUUUUGUAUUUUGAUUAAUUUGAAUAUGGGUUCCUCCAAAAAAUGUUGGAAUAAGAUGGUAACCAAUUAAUUCUGUACACGCAGUAAGAUUGACGAGAAGACUGCCAGACUCAUCAUCUUCUCCGUUUUGUGUAAUAUCUCAAUAAAUGUAUUAGAUAUGAAUUCACAAUUAUUGUCGAAUUAGCCAUGCUUAUUAUUAUUCUCUUCUAAUUAAAGUUUUCAAUUAAUGACAAAAGCGAAAUAUUCUUAUCCUAUUUGUAAAUUAGAAAAUACCACGAACAAUUUUGAACCUAUCUUAAAAUAUUUCACAAUUCAGUGUGUUAAUAUUAUUUUUUGGUUGUGUUUUCAACUCCGUCUUGUUUCUGUGAAAUAUUACCUAGCACUUUUCACGUCAGUAUGGAUGAGGGCGACAUGAAUCUAUUUAUUUUGUGUAUUCUACAUGUGUGAGCUAGCUUUUUGUAUUUAAUGAUAAUAAUAAAGGUUUUAAUAUUA